AUGUCCAAGAUAUAUACAUCAAUCAUAACAUUGGCAUUGUUAACCGUGGGGGGUUACAUGCUUUUCACCGGAGCUGGUGAAUCUUUCAAUGUUGGAGAGUUCCUCGAAAAUGUUUCGCCAUACAUGUGGGCUAAUCUAGGUAUUGCUUCAUGCAUUGGAUUUUCAGUUGUUGGAGCAGCAUGGGGUAUUUUCAUUACCGGAUCUUCUGUCUUGGGAGCAGGUGUCAAGGCACCUCGUAUUACUACAAAGAACUUAAUUAGUAUUAUUUUCUGUGAGGUUGUUGCCAUUUACGGUUUAAUCAUGGCAAUUGUUUUCUCAUCGAAGCUAACAGUUGUUGAGAACAUCCUUACUACCGAAAACUUAUAUACGGGAUAUUCACUAUUUUGGGCUGGACUCACGGUGGGAUUGAGUAACCUCAUUUGCGGUGUUGCUGUUGGUAUCACUGGUUCCACUGCAGCAAUCUCAGACGCUGCGGAUUCCUCUCUAUUUGUUAAGAUUCUAGUUAUUGAGAUUUUUGGUAGUGUUCUUGGUUUGUUCGGUUUAAUUGUUGGAUUACUUAUGGCUGGUAAGGCAGGUGAAUUCAAAUGA